UCGUUGAGUGUUUACGGUAGCUCGCGCCUCUAGUCCUGAGUGAAACUCGUAGUUUAUUCUCUCAUUUCAUCAGCGUGGGAACUGGGAAGACAGCUCUUUCCUUCUUUCGGAGUCGUUCCCGUACGUCACGCCAAGAUUAUGGGCUUUGAUUUAGACCGCUUUGAGGGUCCCGUGGACCCGGACUUAAUCUGUAAACUGUGUGGGAAAGUUUUAGAGGAUCCUCUCAGCACUCCGUGCGGACAUGUCUUCUGCGCCGCGUGCGCUCUACGGUGGUUCUCCAAAGUCAGCAGCUGUCCUGCCCUGUGCCAAAAAAUCACCACUAAAGAGUUGAACCACGUCCUGCCCCUAAAAAACCUAAUUCUCAAACUGGACGUCAAAUGCGAGCACCGUGAACGAGGCUGCAACCGGGUAAUGAAGCUCCAGCAUCUUUCAGAGCACGCGGAGACGUGCGACUUCUCUCCGGUCAGAUGCAGGAAUGAAGGAUGCGACGCGGUGCUCAUCCUGAAGGAUGUUGCUUCACACAUGCGGGAGAGAUGCGAGCACAGGGCGGUGGAGGUCUGUCAGGGUGGAUGUGGACUGGCGCUGAGCCUCAAGGAGAGGUCGGAUGACCACAGCUGUCUCCAAGCACUUAAGACACACAGCUGUCUCCUCCAAACCAAAGCGCUGCGUCUGGAGGAAGAGCUGAAGAGUCAGUCCCUGAGCUUCAGUAAGAGAGAGAGGUCUCUCCUGUCCAAACUCUCCGCACUCCACUGCGAGCUGCACAUCACCGCGCUCACAUUUCAGAAGAAAAUCACCGAGUACAAGAGCAGGAUUGACUCGCUGUCAAACAGAUGCCUGCUGCCUCUUGAGAAGGGAGAAGAUACGAGGAGCCUUAAAGUCACCCUACACAGAACAUCAGGAUCUCUUGGAUUCAGUAUCAUCGGAGGAAGAUUGUGUGAGGAACCAGAGGAGCAUGAAGAUUUCAGUGAUGGGAUCUAUAUAUCUAAGAUAGUGGAAAACGGAGCAGCUGAGAAGGCCGGACUGCAUGUUCAUGACAGGAUCAUUGAGGUAAAUGGAAGGAGCCUUUCCAUCACGACCCAUGACCAAGCAGUAGAGGCUUUCCAAGCAGCCAAAGACCCCAUUGAGGUCAAGGUACUGCGCAGGCCUGUGCACAAGACUCUCAAUACUCAUGAACCAGCCCAAAGGGUGGACAACAGUACUCAGACCAAUGUUACAAUGAAAUAUAUGAAACAUAUAGAGACUAUGGCAAAGUUACCGUCACCUCCGGCACCACUGUGUAUGGCUGUGCUGGACAGUUUCCAUUCACCCUCACAGUGCCAAAUGGCAAGACGUGACUCGACUUACUCCACAGACUUGCAUGAUGGCGUACAGAAAGACAUUGAGAGUAGUGGACUGGAAUAUGAGGAAGUGGAUCUGCAGAGGAAAACUACUAAUGAUAAGCUUGGCCUGAUGUUAUGUUACAAAACUGAUGACGAGACGACUGCAAUUUUUAUUAGUGAGAUUGCCCCAGAAGGAAUUGCAGCAAAGGAUGGCAGACUCCAGGAAGGAGAUCAGAUCAUACAGAUCAAUGGAGUGAAAAUCCAGAGCCAUGAGGAGGCAGUGACACUUCUGACCGAGGCGGAGAGUAAGAAUGUGACCCUCCUGGUGGCUCGACCAGAAAGUCAGGAUGUUAGCUGGUUGGAGAAGGAUCGAAACAACUUGGCAGAUGACUUGCACACGGGCAUGCUGGAGCAACAGCAUAACAAGAGCACACAUGAAGAAGAUGGAGGCACUACUGAUACGGCAACCUUACAGUCCAACCAUCACGAGAAAGACAGUGGCGUUGGCCGCACUGAUGAAAGCACUCGUAAUGAUGAAAGCUCAGAGCAGGACAACUUAGGAGAUGACCAGAAUUCCCUUUGUGACACUCUCCCAGAAAACCACAAGACGUAUAGUCAAGGCACUUUUGAAAGUGGGGACAUGCACUUAAGCAAUGACUCCUUCCUUUUAGUUGACAAUGGAGACAGUGGAAACUUCCUUGGCAUACCUGGAAUGGCAUGUGAACGUUUCCAGAAACAGCUUGAACUGAAAUGCCUGGUCAAUGGUAGUGGUCUUCAGGGAUUUCUGGAGCAUGACAACACACUAUAUGGAAAGAGGGUUAGUGUAGACUGUGAUGAUCAGGAGGUUCAGAUGCUUAAUGAGGAGUUGCUGAACAUUGAGCUGGAGUGCCUGAGUAUCAUACGAGCACACAGGCUUCAGACUGAAGGUGAUGAUCGGCAAGCCAAAAAAUGCUGCACCAAGCAUUUAACUGAGCAAAUAAAUACUAAAGUCGAUCAGGACCUCAUUAAUAACCAGGUUGACUACGAAGGCUCUACUAGUGCUUACAACACCGGAGAGAGCUGUUGGAGCUUACAUCCUGCUCUGGAGUCAGAUUCUCCUGACUCCCAAAGGAUGGCUCCUGGAGACAAGAGUAAAGGUUCUCCCAUGCAUAGACGCAACUCUACAACAGCUUGCUCCAAGCAUCAACUCUCUCCUAUUCAGGAGAUCAGCCCCACCAAGAGUUUACCUGGAGAUCCAGAGGUCACGAAUCAGGGGGGAAGAAAGCAGAGUAAGAAAAGGAACCCUUCAUUGCACCAUUCUUCACACAAGAAAGCCUACAUCCCAGCCCAUGCUCAACAUUACCAAAGCUACAUGCAACUUAUCCAGCAGAGUUCGGCUGUGGAGUACGUCCAGAGUCAAGUCAGCUUGGCCAGCCUAGAAACCACUCCCACUAAAGCCCGGCCCAAGAUGGGGUGGAGAGUAAAGAUCCGUGGCGAUGGAACAAGGUACAUCACCAAAAGGCCCAUCAGGGAUCAGCUACUGAAAGAGCGUGCUUUGCGCAUUCGGGAAGAACGCUGCAGCGCAACUACAGAUGACGAUGCAACGAGUGAACUAAAGCUGGGUCGAUACUGGAACAAGGAGGAGCGCAAACAGCAUGCGGCACUAGCCAGGGAACAGCGUCAACGGCGUGAACUCGUCAAGCAGUGCCACUUGGAGAACAAGGGACAAACAGGAGCAAUGAACGACAAGGAGAAGCCUGAUAUUAUCCAGCUUAGCCGUAAAAAGAUGCUGAAAAGGAGGAACAAGAGGAUAUUUGACAGCUGGAUGACCAUUCAGGAGCUGCUGACACAUGGCACAAAGUCCACAGAUGGGAAUAGACUCUAUAAUUCCUUCCUUUCUGUGACUACAGUGUAAAGGAUUUUUUUGGUUUCGGGCACUUGUUUACUGUGUAAAAUUGUGUGCGGGUGUUUGUGGGAAAUCUUGCCUCAUUUUAAGGAGGUGGGUCAUUUAGGUACUUAAUACAAAUCUAUAGCUGUGUUUCCACCGCAGGAACUUUCCCCAGGAACUAGGAACUUUGGGGCAGGAUUGAACCAGGGUCUAAAUGAAGCCCCC